AAUAACAAUUUAACUAUAAAAUGUUUUAUUUUUUAGUUCAAUGCAAUGGACUCAGCUGCAUUAUUACACAUUAUUAAUGGAGGUUUUGACCUUCAAGCCAUGGCAGUUUAAACGUGGUUCAAAAGAAAGAGGAGAUUCAUGGGAAAAAAUAUCCAACUCUGUUAAUGGAUUACCAGAACCUUAUUUUAAAGUUACUGGUAGAUCAACUCGUGAUCACAUUAACCUUUUGAUUGAAAAGUUUAAAAAAAAAGAUACAAAAGAAAAAAAUGUAAGUGGAAUUACAUGUGACUUGACAGAUUAUGAUGUGGCUAUUGCUGAUGUCUAUGAGAGAUUUCAGCAAUCUGAAAGUAUUUUUAAAGAGCAAUUAGAGCAUAAUAAUGGAAAGAUUGAUGUGGAUAAUGUUCAAGCAAUAGAAAUGCGUAAAAUGUCAUUAGAGACACAUAAUGAAACUGAAAAGCGAAACAAAGGACAAGAACUCUUAAAAAAGUCAAGAAAUAAUAGCAAUGAAACUAUUGCUUAUUUAAAAGAGAAGAAUGAAAUAGAAGUAAAUAUUAGAAAAUAAGAACUGGAAAUUAAAAAAAGAGAAGUUGAAGCACAAGCAAACACAAUGCAAUACAUUCUGCAGCAGCAAAAUACCUUGAUGCAGCAACAAAAUAACAUGAUGCAGGCUAUGAUGCAACAGCAAGCAUCUUUUUUAGAAAUUUUAAGCAAAUUUUAACCAGAAAAAAAAUAAAGUUAUUUGUGUACACUUUUUUAUAUUUCAUGGAAAAAAUUAUUUAAAGAAGUCUGAAAGCGAUGGUGGUUGGCAAUCAAAAUAUGUUAUUGUUGUUGAACCAUCUAGUCAAACACGUGCGUUGUGCAUUAAUGCACAAACCAAAUACAUUUUAGAAACUGGACUAAGUUCCACUUUAAGAUUCUUUUUUAAGUCUAAAAAUUUAAAAUAGUUAACAAUAUCUCUAAAUACCCACUCAACAGCAACACAAACUUUGCUCAUAUUUUUGUUCCAAAUAAGCUGCUCAGGGGAUAUGU